UCUUAAUCAAAUACCAUAACUUUAAUAAUAGAACUAACAACAGAGAAAUGCUCCGAACUUCACUCUAGAGCGAUCGGUGAACGAAUGCUCCAAAUAUAAAAAUAGAAUAGUCCACACGUUGAGCCGGCUUGUCCCAUACGUUGUUUAACCUAAAAGUUUCAUAGAACCCGAAAUAAGCAAAUCAAAUUGAAGUUCAGAUAUAAACAAAACAAGAGUUAAUUCAAACAAGCGACGCUUGAAACAAUUGAAAAAAUGUCGCAAGAAAUAGAAGGAUUCUUCAAGAAGUUUCAUGAAAAUAUAAGCAGCACAAUAGACGAUGUUACUAACAACAACUUCGCUAAUUUGGAAUCAAAUUCAAAGCGUGUAUCAUAUCUUUGCAGUCUUCCUUGCGUAAAGGAUUACGACCUUUCAAAUGACGUGGCUAAAUGUGAAACCGGUGGUAAGUUUCCCGUCGAGAAGGAUGUGGAAAAGGCACGACAGUUCAAAGAGGAAGGAAACAAAGCUGUACAGGUUGGAGAUUGGGCGAAGGCGUUACAUUUGUAUAGCCAAAGUAUGAUUUACAUGCCGCAAAAAGAGACUGAAGAUUUGUCAAUUGUUAUUGCAAACCGUUCAGCAGCUUUAAAUCAUUUAGAACAAUAUGAAGAUUGUAUUUCGGAUAUUAAAAGAAGUCUUUCAUUGGGUUACCCUCGACAUCUAAGAUAUAAAAUUUAUGAAAGAAAGGCUAGAUGUUUACUUGUUUUAAAAAGGAACCAAGAAGCUAUUGUUGCUUUUCAGGAUACGUUAAGCGCUUUGGACGAAGCGAAUAAUCUUAAUAAAGAAAAAAGACAGAAAAUGAGAACUGAUGCUAAACUUAUGUUGGAAAUUUUGAAUAAGGGACUAGUCUUGGCUGGAAGACCAAAGGACCCUGAACCGCUAAAGAAAUCUCCACCCAAACCAAAACUACCAGGAAAACAUAAUCAACGGUAUCCCGCUGCUUCGGAAGCAGUUCAAAUUGAUUACAGUGAAACUAAAGGGAGGUUUGCAACAGCGACUACAAAUAUACAAGCUGGUGAUGUUUUGCUGGUAGAGAAACCACACAGUGGCGUUUUGUUGGCAGAAUAUGCAAAGACUCAUUGUCAAAACUGCUUCGUAAAAUGUGUAAUUCCUUUGCCAUGUCCGAAAUGUCCGAACGUAAUAUUUUGCAGCGACAAAUGUUUAGAUGCUGCAGAAAAAUCAUAUCAUGGAUACGAAUGUCAUAUCCUUCCACUUAUUUGGAAGUCAGGCUGCUCCAUAACUUGUCAUAUUGCCUUAAGGAUGAUAACACAGAACAAUAAAGAAUAUUUCAAAGGGUUAAUUGAUGAAUUAGACAACAAACCAACAGGCACGUACAAAACAAAUGAUUAUAGGAACAUAUACAACUUAGUAUCGCAUGAGGAUAAGCGCACUAAGCAAGAUUUCUUGCACAGAACUCAAAUGACGGUUUUUCUUCUAAAGCUUUUAGAAAUAAGUGGAUAUUUUGACGGUAAACCCAAAAAAAAGUCCGUGGAUAUAGAGGACAUUAAGACGAUGGCUAUCGCUGGAAGUUACGCAGAAGACAUUGCUCUAUUUGGAGGAUUGAUACUGAAGAAUCUUCAAGUUCUCCAAUUCAAUGCUCAUGAAGUGUUUGAAUUACAAUGCCCUAAGCCAAAAGUUGGACAAAAUAUAAUAAAGCACGACGGGAAAUCAGUGUUCCUGGCAGGUGCCGUGUUUCCAACACUUGCUUUAUUCAAUCACUGUUGCGACCCUAACGUCGUAAGAUAUUUUACUGGACCAUACAUUGUCGUUCGUGCAGUCAAAAACAUACAGAAAGGUGAGGAGAUAUCAGAAAACUAUGGACCUAUAUUUACCACAGUGCCCAAGGAGAAGCGGAAAAUACAGCUGAAAGAUCAAUAUUGGUUCGACUGCACUUGUACGCCUUGUGAACAAAAUUGGCCAAUGUACAAAGACAUGACGGAGAAUUAUAUGCGUUUUAAAUGUGACUCUGACCGCCCCUGCCCCAAUGUCAUCCCUGUGCCGUACGACUGCAAGGAGUUCAUGGUGCAGUGCGGACUGUGUCAGCAGUACACCAACAUACUGAAAGGACUCAAGUCGUUACAAGACACAGAAAUGAUGUACAAACUAGGUCGAGUGGCCAUGGAAGAAGGCAAAUAUGGUGAUGCAAUGAAGAAGUUCAUAGAAAUGCUGAAACUGUAUGAUGCUACGUUGGCUCCACCGUACCGUUCGUUUUAUGAUUGUGUGCAAGACUUGAGAAGCUGCAUGCUCUCAAUGGGCAACUAUUGCAUUGUUUAGUUUGAUUUAAUGUGAAACAUCUUAGAGCGAUGCCUGAAUGGAUAAGAUAUGUUAUGUUAACGCAUGACGUCACAGCGCAACAGGACGACGCACGAUUCCAGGCAGUCUCAACAAUGCAUACAAAAAAAAUUUCAUCUGAACUUUGUCCAUUGAAAUGUCUCCUUUGAGGAUGCAAAAUUUUAAUUUCGAUGGAAAAUACAUGAUAAUCGACUCUAUGUAAUGUAACAUGUUAAUAGGGCUUCGCUCUUACACAGCUGAUCAAGCUAACUGUUGGUCUGAUGAUUCCUGAGUAUGUGUUAUAAGAUCAAUCUUAGGCUUUAUAAAUUUUUAGACCAUCUUGUUUAAUGUAUUAAUUCUUAAAUUACAUUUUGUUUGUUGUUACCAAACCACUUACCAAACUUUGAGUCCGAUCUGAACAUGAGGCCUAUGGUUGCACAGUAAAUGAAAAAGUAUUGCAGCAGGGUUAAAUAUAAUAUUACAUGUAGCUGCACAAUAUGGUAUGGUUGUAAUAACAGAGCUGACUCAGAGUUUGAUGUAUACUAUAUGUAUGUUUUAAAUUAUGUUGUUUUGUUUUUAACUUUGAUUUUGUAUCGUUUUUAUUAAUAAAGUUAUUAAACAGUGUUUUAAGACAAGAUGACUACUCUUUCAUUUUACAUACUUUAUUUGGCUGUUGAGCACAAGCCUUCUUUCAGAAUGGGAGGGUUUAGGCUAAUAGUCCACCAUGCUGGUCCUAUGCAGAUUGGCAGACUUCACACCUAGAGAAUUAAGAAAAUUCUCAGAUAUGCAGGUUUCCUCACAAUGUUUUCCUUCAAUGUUUGAGACACAUUUAAUUUCUAAAAAUGCACACAACUGAAAAGUUGGAGAUGCACCUCCAACUUUUCAGCUAUGCCCCAGACCAGAUUUGAACCAACACUCUCCGAAAUCAGAAGCAGAGGUCAUACCCACUGGACUAUCACAGACACGGCUCUUUCAU